AUGGCGUUUCAGUUAAAUUGUUCAAAGUGGGCGGGGGGGGGGGCCUCUGUGUUCUUCUCCAAGAGUGGACACCUCUUCCUCUCUGGGUACAACUUGAACAGCAAUGUGUGGGGUGCGCUGAAAGCCAAACACCUGGAACUAACACCAGUAGCAGGUGGACACCAUUCCAGUCCUGAAGUGCUGCCGUGACCACGCCCUGUCCAUCUGUGCUCACACGGACACCCUGACUCCCCGGAGAAGGGUGGAGAGCCAGUCUGGCGAGGACAGCAGGGUAUUUGAGAAGCAGAUGCUGGUGGUCAGGAUGCUGAGGCCCAUAGUGGGUGGCAUGGUGCGGACCCUGGCCUGCAGAAGCUGCACCGCCAUCCUGCCGCCUGUCCUGCCAGUCCGGGUUCUAAGCAGCUCCCCUGUGCAGACUCCAACAGAUGCCCAUUUCCACUCUGCCUCUUCCUCGGAAACUGGCCCUCCUCGGGUCUUAAUUACAGGGGGUCUCGGCCAGCUGGGAAUGGGCCUUGCCAACCUUUUGCGGAAUCGAUUUGGGAAGGACAAUGUGAUUUUGUCAGACAUAAAGAAACCCCCCAGCCAUGUCUUCUGUAGCGGCCCGUUUGUUUACGCCGACGUCUUGGACCGACAGAACCUCCGUGAGAUCGUGGUGAACAACCGCGUCACCUGGCUGCUGCACUACAGCGCUCUGCUCAGCGCCGCGGGCGAGGCGAACGUGUCCCUGGCCAGAGCUGUGAAUAUCACCGGGUUGCACAACGUUUUGGACAUCGCAGCAGAACACAACCUGCGACUGUUUGUCCCCAGCACGAUUGGGGCGUUUGGACCUACCUCUCCCCGGAACCGAACCCCUGACCUCAGCGUGCAGAGACCCAGGACCAUCUAUGGGGUGUCCAAGGUCCACGCGGAGCUCAUGGGGGAGUAUUACUGUCACCGGUAUGGGCUUGAUUUCCGGUGCCUGAGAUACCCUGGAGUCAUUUCCGCUGACUCCCAGCCUGGGGGAGGAACGACAGACUACGCUGUCCAGAUUUUCCACGAUGCUGUGAAGAGGGGCAAGUUCGAGUGCAACCUGAGACCCAGCACCAGGCUCCCAAUGAUGUACGUGGACGACUGUCUCCGGGCCACCCUGGAGGUCAUGGAGGCCCCGGCUGAGUCCUUUUCCAUGAGGACCUACAACGUCACCGCCAUGAGCUUCACCCCCGACGAGCUGGCCCAGGAGAUAGCCAAGCACGUGCCCGAGUUCCGCAUCACAUACUGCGUGGACCCUGUCCGGCAGGCCAUAGCCGACAGCUGGCCCGUGAGCUUGGACGACAGCAUGGCACGCAAGGACUGGGGGUGGAAGCACGACUUUGAUCUUCCCGAGCUGGUGACAACAAUGCUGAGCUUGCAUGGUUGCGACACCCGGAUUGCCCAAGCCAACUAAAGGCGUCAGAGGAGCUGCUCCCAGCCUUGCCGGGUUCUCAGCCCCAGCCUGCCCACAGGGGAGCCGCUCCACGCCUUCUGACCAGACUGUUGUGUAGGCAUUCAGGUCAAGGCUCAGCUACCUCCUGAAGCCACCUGCCAGGGCACUCUCCACCCCACAGGUCAGCUGUGGCUACACAUGAUAAUGGCCACGGUGGAUUAAAAGGCAUUUAUAUUAUGUGUCAAUGACAAUAAAUAAAUUGUUAUGCAUUUGGAA